AUGGAACAACCCCGUCCUGAGGGCUCACUGAGCUGGCGGCUCAGCUCACAUCCUAUAACGUUGCUGUGGUUCCUCGCAUUUCGAAUCUCUUCUCUUCUGGUAUAUCUACUAGGUAUCCUCUUCACAGAGAACUUCGUCCUCAUCUUCAUCAUCACAAUUCUCCUCCUCGCAGCCGACUUCUACUACCUCAAGAACAUCGCCGGAAGACGCCUAGUUGGUCUCCGAUGGUGGAACGAAGUUAACCCUCAAACGGGCGAUUCGCACUGGGUGUUCGAGAGCUCUGAUCCAUCGACCAAGAUCAUAAAUGCCACGGACAAGCGAUUCUUUUGGAUGGCUAUGUAUUCCCAGCCGCUGCUGUGGAUUGCACUCGCUAUUGUGGCGAUCUUGAAAUUUGAGUUCAUUUGGUUAACGCUCGUUGUUAUCGCCCUAAGUCUCACAAUCACGAAUACACUUGCUUUCUCACGAUGCGAUAAAUUCGGCCAGGCUUCGAAUCUUGCGGGUAGCGCUAUGCUUUCAGGAGGGCUUGCGAGUAAUCUUGCCACGGGGGUGAUGGGGAGACUAUUUGGGCGAUGA